AUGAUGUCCGCCCCGCGACUCAUGCACCGCGUCCUCCGACCCUCCGCGUCGUCAAUCCGCUCAACGCCUCUCCUCCCCCGUCGCUCGUUCGGCAUCUCAGCAGUCCGCGCGAAAGAUGGCAACAGUGAACGAGACUCAGACGCCUCAUCGUCGAAUACGGCCCAGUAUCGCGAGAAUCAGACCUCGAAGCCCCCCAACCAAUUCGUCCCGCACUCGACCUCCACCAUGACCAAGGACUACCCGAAGGUCGGCGAGAAGCCCGCUCCGCCCGAGAUGCUGAACUCGGUCGAUCCGAACUACAGGCCGGCGGAUGCGUACCCCGGCAAGGUUGAGCACUUCACGGGUGGUAGACAGCAGCCUGGAGCGCAGAAGCCGGAGCUUGGCGUUGGUGAGAUGGAGGGGAUUACGUUUAAGGUUGAGCCGUUGAAACGCACGGGGGAGGAUUUGGCUACGAUGAGGGCGAGGUUGCUUUACCAAAGCCGCAAACGCGGAAUUCUCGAAUCCGAUCUCCUCCUCUCGACCUUUGCGGACGUCUACCUCGCCAAGAUGGACAAGGCGCAACUAGAGGAAUUCGACCGCUUCCUGGACGAAAACGACUGGGACAUCUACUACUGGGCGACGCAGGAUCCGCCGGCGGAGGAGGCCUCGAGCGUGGCCUCGGACACGCCGACGGAAACCUGGAAGCGCACCGGGGCCAAGAGCGGGGAGUGGACGCAGACAGUCGGCGCGUUCAAGGCUGCAUAUCGGCCCGUUCCGGCUCGAUGGGCCGACUCGAAGGUCUUGAAUCUGCUGAGAGCUCAUGUGCAAGAUAAUAGCGCCACGGGGUUCCAUGCGGCGAAGAAUAAGAAGACCGGUGGGAGUGGGUUGGGGAGGAUGCCGAAUAUUAAGCCCAGAGUCAACGACAAUUGCUCCGCCCGCGUUCAUCCUCCUCUCUCCUCUCGCGGUCCCCCUUCCAUCGUCUCCCAGACUCCGAACAUGGCUGAGCAGCUGGUCCUUCGCGGCACCCUCGAGGGUCACAAUGGCUGGGUUACUUCCCUGGCCACCUCUCUGGAGAACCCCAACAUGCUGCUCUCUGGCAGUCGCGACAAGACUCUGAUCAUCUGGAACCUCACCCGCGACGACCAGGCCUACGGUUACCCCAAGCGCAGCCUCGAGGGUCACUCCCACAUCGUCUCGGACUGUGUUAUCUCCUCCGACGGUGCCUACGCUCUGUCCGCCUCGUGGGAUAAGUCCCUCCGCCUGUGGGAGCUCUCGACCGGCGAGACCACCCGUACCUUCGUUGGCCACAACAACGACGUCCUCUCCGUCUCCUUCUCCGCCGACAACCGCCAGAUUGUCUCCGGAUCCCGUGACCGCACCAUCAAGCUGUGGAACACCCUUGGUGACUGCAAGUUCACCAUCACCGAGAAGGGCCACGCCGACUGGGUUUCUUGCGUUCGCUUCAGCCCCAACCCCCAGAACCCCGUCAUUGUCUCCUCCGGCUGGGACAAGCUCGUGAAGGUUUGGGAGCUCGCCUCCUGCCGCCUCCAGACCGACCACAUCGGUCACACCGGUAACAUCAACACCGUCACCAUCUCCCCCGAUGGCUCCCUCUGCGCCUCCGGUGGUAAGGACGGUACCACCAUGCUCUGGGACCUGAACGAGUCCAAGCACCUCUACUCCCUCCACGCUGGUGACGAGAUCCACGCCCUUGUCUUCUCCCCCAACCGCUACUGGCUCUGCGCUGCCACCACGACCAGCAUCACCAUCUUCGACCUCGAGAAGAAGAGCAAGGUUGACGAGCUCAAGCCCGAGUACAUCGAGAAGGGCAAGAAGAGCCGUGAGCCCGAGUGUGUGUCUCUGGCCUGGUCUGCUGAUGGCCAGACUCUGUUCGCUGGUUACACUGACAACAAGAUCCGUGCUUGGGGUGUCAUGUCGCGGGCAUAG